GGUAUAGAGGAAAAACAAGCAAACGUUGACUAGGGCAACAAACGUUUAAUCCUGACGCAUUGUCCCGCGGCCUGCAAAUAACUAGGAAAUGGAUAUAGAUCUAGUUGUUGCCAAACGGACUAAAGUUUAAAUCGUUACAAAUUUAACAUCCAGCUGCGCCAUUGAAGUGGUCUUUAACUUUAUCAGUACAUACAAGACUGAACUGUAGAAUACUAGUCGAUUUGGAUAAGUGUGAAAAUCAUGCUCAUGGUUGCCUAGUAAACCGACCUAAGUAGAAUAAUCAAGAAAACGAUUUUUUUGUUCAUUCAUUACAGACAGGGGGUUCACAAAAUGGUUUUGCGCCAUCUGCUGGGAAGUACGGAAAACUAAAAUCGCCUAGAAGAAUUUAGUAGGGGGGGAAGCACGUUAAAUAUCGGCUUAGCAGUAUAGCGUCCUUUAAUAUAAGUAUUGUUUUUUUCUGCAAAUAUAAGCAAUUGAAAUAUUUUAUACAUUUAGCGCCAUUUAAAUUGAAAUGUAGACUGUGAUGAUUAUCAGUUGACUUUUGUAUAUUCGUGCUUGCGUACCGAAGUUCUGAAUGUGGGCUCGUACGCUAGGAUAGCCCGUGGUUGCUGUGAGGCCUACAAGCUUCAGAUGUCAUGGCCGAAGACCCACAGAGGAACUUUCGAUCGGCUUACUAUGAGAAGGUUGGGUUUAGGGGAGUGGAGGAGAAGAAGUCCCUGGAAAUCCUGCUGAAGGACAACCCACUGGAUGUGGAAAAGCUCUGCACUUUCAGUCAGCGAUUUCCUCUUCCCUCUAUGUACCGGAUCCAUGUGUGGAAGGUCCUGCUGGGUAUUCUGCCGCCUCACAGUGACUCCCACAGCCUGGUGAUGGGCUACCGUAGGGAACAGUACCGGGAUAUUCUGGAGGCUCUGAAGGCCAUCCGCGUUGUGCACGCCGCCACCCCCCAGGUGGAGGUCUACCUGCGUAUGUUCCAGCUGGAGGCCCAGGAACUGUCGCGCUGCUCUGAGCUCGCUCCACCUGGGAAAGACGAGGAGAAUUUCCUGUCCAUCGCGAAGUCGAUGGAGGAGAUUGUGGAAGACCCCGUAGACUGCUACUGGCUCAUCAAGUGCUUCGUCACCCAGUUCAACAACAAGUUUGGGGACACUGUCCCACACCUGCCCAAGAGCCUAGAGCACUACCUAAACAUGGAGGACAGCAGGCUGCUGAACCACCUGAAGAGCUGUGGGGCCCUGACCAAGCUGCCCUACGACCUGUGGUUCUGGAGGUGCUUCUCUGGGUGCCUCCCAGAAUCCAGCCUGCAGAGGGUCUGGGACAAGGUUAUCAGCGGCUCCUGCAAGAUCCUGGUGUUUGUCGCCGUGGAGAUCCUGCUCAGCUACAAGAACAAGCUGAUGGGCAUGAAGCGGCUGGAGGGAAUCCUGCAGUUCCUGGCUAAUAUGCCGCAGGAGAACACGGAUGCCAUCGUAACCAAAGCCAUUGACCUGUGGCACAAGCACUGUGGCACUCCAGCGCACUUGGUGUAACCCUGCCUCCACCCGCCAUGGGCUGCUGCUAUUGGGUGACCCACCCACCAGAACACUUCAUGUGCCCUCAUUUCUGCAGGGGAACAGACUGUUUAAUCUCCGCCUCCCUGAUUUCCAUGG